CUUAGGAGAAGGUUUGCCAGCUGGGAGAAUAAUGAGCUUCGGUUUCUGACCUCCUGGCACAGCUCGGUGUUUAUCAGGAGGUGCAUAUGACUGGGUAAGACAUACAGCCUGGCUCGAAGGGAACAGCUGCUGGCGGCAUGCUACACACUUGGCAGCUAGACAGGCAGAGCGCUGGUGUGAGGAAGAGAAAAUCACCCUAGUAAGUUUUCCAGAGCACUUGUAAUAGGAGUACAAUGAACCAGCUCUUAUGUCUGCUUCCUUGAUGCCCUUUCCAGGGAUGACAACUGCCUUUGACAUCUUCUAAGACCUGGAACUCUAUCUGCAUGAAAAUAGAUUGUGCUUUUUAAAAUAAAUCAAUUAAGAUUAUAAAAGAACCAACCCUAAAUACACCCAACAAGACAAGAGGAGCAUGCUAUGACAUUAGGGAGAGCUGUAUUUUUGCACAGUGGGAUUAUAGAGUUUUCUUGAAGUAUAAUUAGGAGCAGAGGCUACCACGGGGCGAGGGAAGCAGUGGUUGCUACAGCUAUGGAGGUGAUCUGUCUACCGCUGGAAAUAUCUACAGAUUUUUGACAACGGCUAAAUAACCAUGGGGUCCAGCAGCCUUGGGAAAGCAGCAACGCUAGAUGAACUGCUCAACACAUGCAUUGAGAUGUUUGAUGACAGUGGAGAGUUGAAUGACAGCUACUUGCCAAGAAUAGUUCUAUUGAUGCACCGAUGGUAUUUAUCGUCUACUGAACUGGCAGAAAAGCUCCUCUGCAUGUAUCAGAAUGCCAGUGGAGAAGGCUGUGAUGAGUUCCGACUGAAGGUCUGCUAUUUCAUGAGGUACUGGAUUCUGAAAUUCCCUGCAGAGUUUAAUUUGGAUCUUGGUUUGAUUCGUAUGACUGAGGAGUUCCGGGAAGUAGCCAGUAAACUAGGAUAUGAAAAACACAUCAAUCUCAUGGACAUAUCCAGCAUUCCUUCUUAUGACUGGAUGAGGAGAGUGACACAGAGGAAAAAAGCAUCGAAAAAGGGGAAGGCUUGUCUCUUGUUUGACCAUCUGGAGCCCAUUGAGUUGGCUGAGCACCUCACUUUUCUGGAGCAUAAAUCUUUUAGAAGGAUCUCAUUCACAGAUUAUCAGAGUUAUGUCAUCCAUGGCUGCCUGGAGAAUAACCCAACUCUGGAAAGAUCUAUUGCUUUAUUUAAUGGAAUCUCUAAGUGGGUCCAGUUGAUGGUUCUCAGCAAACCAAGUCCUCAGCAAAGGGCAGAAGUAAUCACAAAGUUCAUCAAUGUAGCGCAGAAACUCCUUCAACUAAAAAAUUUUAACACCUUGAUGGCAGUGGUUGGAGGGCUUAGUCAUAGCUCCAUUUCCCGACUCAAAGAGACCCAUUCUCAUCUCUCUUCAGAAGUUACAAAGAACUGGAACGAAAUGACAGAGUUGGUCUCCUCCAACGGCAAUUAUUGCAAUUACCGAAAGGCCUUCGCUGACUGUGAUGGCUUCAAAAUCCCCAUCCUGGGCGUGCACUUGAAAGACUUGAUAGCAGUCCAUGUCAUUUUCCCAGACUGGAUGGAAGAGAACAAAGUGAACAUUGUGAAAAUGCACCAGCUCUCUGUUACCCUGAGUGAACUGGUCUCCCUGCAGAACGCCUCUCACCACUUGGAACCUAACAUGGAUUUGAUCAACCUGCUCACUCUCUCUCUGGACCUCUACCACACUGAAGAUGAUAUUUACAAAUUGUCACUGGUGCUGGAGCCUAGAAAUCCCAAAUCGCAGCCUACCUCCCCUACAACACCCAACAAGGCUGUAGUGCCCCUGGAGUGGGCUUCAGGAGUGAUACCAAAGCCAGACCCCACAAUCAUCAAUAAACACAUAAGGAAGUUGGUUGAGUCUGUGUUUCGAAACUAUGAUCAUGACCAUGAUGGAUACAUCUCUCAAGAGGACUUUGAGAGCAUAGCUGCCAAUUUCCCCUUCCUGGAUUCCUUCUGUGUGCUAGACAAAGAUCAGGAUGGCCUAAUUAGCAAGGAUGAAAUGAUGGCUUAUUUCCUGAGAGCUAAAUCCCAGCUACAUUGCAAAAUGGGACCAGGAUUUAUCCAUAAUUUUCAGGAGAUGAACUAUCUCAAGCCGACCUUCUGUGAACACUGUGCAGGCUUUCUCUGGGGCAUAAUCAAACAAGGCUACAAAUGCAAAGACUGUGGAGCCAACUGUCAUAAACAGUGCAAAGACCUUCUGGUUCUGGCCUGCAGGAGACUUGCCCGCGCACCUUCAUUGGGCAGCAAUCCUGGGUCACUGCCUGGAAGCCCCGCCUUGCCCCCAGUGCAGGAUGAGGUGUUUGAGUUUCCUGGGGUCACUGCUGGGCACCGGGACCUGGACAGCAGAGCCAUCACACUGGUUACAGGCUCUUCUCGUAAAAUCUCCGUGAGGCUACAGCGAGCCACCACUAGUCAAGCUACACAGACAGAACCUGUGUGGUCAGAGGCUGGCUGGGGAGACUCGGGAUCCCAUACGUUCCCCAAAAUGAAAUCCAAGUUCCAUGACAAAGCAGCUAAGGACAAAGGCUUUGCCAAGUGGGAAAAUGAGAAGCCCACGGUACAAGGUGGUGUGGAUGUUGUAGACCAAGGCACUGCAUUUGAACCUGACCAGGAUGAAGGGCAAGAUGAAGCCAAACAGGACGGUGAGGAUGGCUGAGAUCAAGCUGGGGAAACUGAAGGCAAUCAUGUCAGCUUUGGGGAGAAGAGAAGCUCUGAGAAUCACUUCCAGCCCUGGAAGCAGUCUGCAUAUGCUCACUGCCUCAUGUCCUUGUGGGAUCUCCAUGACUGAACUAAGGAGGAGGGAUUUACACGGGACUCUGAACUAUUUAUUUCCCACAAUCCGCCCUGCAGAGGUGCCAAGAACACUGUUAUGCACUCAGCGGUUUCUCACAUCUCUCUAGAGCCAUUUAUACACAGAGGACUGAGAGUUUUGGCCCUAUGUGUGUGACACCCACUCUCUUUCUGGACAGUGUUUUAAAAGUUGUGGUGUGUGUGUGUGUGUGUGUGUGUGUGUGUGUGAAGGGUGUCUCAUAAGGAGGUGAGUCUGAGCUCCUUUUGUGUGCCUUUUAGAUGGGACCAGGACUUAAAGUUUUGCUGGGGGACAGAGAGUGAUUCCUCUGAGGAUAAUCAGCUUUAAGAAUUUUUUGAGAGUCCUAUCACACAGUGGCUGUGCAAUGGCCGGUGUGUGUAUCACCUAGGUCUCACCAAUCCUGUAUCACUAAAAGGAAUCACAGCCCCCAAGCUUUCCUCAUAUUCAUACUAGCUACAUUGGGGGGGGGUAUAUAUAUGCCUGGCCACCUAAUUGUGUUCCCUAAUCUUUCUGAAGAUUCCAAAAUUAGGGUGUUAAUUAAGAAAUUAAGUUCUGAGGGAUAAAAUUUACUAGAAAAAAACAAAACAAAACAAAAACAAAGGAACAAACAAAAUGACUGAAUCUCUAGGUGAAAAGGAGAGCAACCAGUUUGGAAAGCUAAAAGAGACUUUAAGAUGCUUGUUUUAGAUAACAUCCUGAUGCAAAAAGUAUCUUAACUCUUCCUGUUAAUUCUCACCCACAGUUGAAGAAUAUCCUCAGAAAGAUAAAUCAUAAACCUCAACUGUGGACUGAUAUUCCAUUUAUGCUCUUAAAAUAUUGGUAAUUUAAAGCCUUCCUAUGGAUGUGAAUCUUAUGAAAUAGUGGUUCAUGAUGCUCAGAAAUAGAGACAAAGUCAGGCUGGGGUUACAUAUCUCUGUCACACACCUCAGGACAUGAGGUAGGAGGACCCUCAAGUCUGAGGUCAGCCUAGGAAACUUAGCAAGGUUCUACCAAACCUACUAAUAUAACAAAGAAAAUUGAGGUGAUUGAAUCUGUUACUGAGGGGGCCAUCUGAUGCCAAAUGACCAGUGAAAAAAUCUUUCACAGAGGUACCCUGGUCUACGUUUGAGGGCUAACAUGUCUGCAUCUCAUGGACACCAAUUGUGUUUUUGUUUGGGAACGUCAUUGGUGGUUCUGCUCUCGUCUUUAGAAAAUGAGAGUCUGAGGGCAGGAAGGCUAAGUGGUUCCAGUGUCUUCAGUAGCCAUGUGAGAACUGAACCCUGGUCCUCUAGAAGAGUGGUCAGUGCUCUUAACCAACCACUGAACCAUCUCUCUAACCCUAGUUCUAGGGGGAGAGCUGAUGUAAUGUGUCCUAAAGUUUCUGGAAUGGGGAAUGAGUCAGACUGGGAAUACUGAAGCCAAUGAUUGAAGGUGCUGUGAUUAAGCUUGGUAUGAACUCACUUAGCAAUGCCAAGCACCUCAGAGGGUAGUGGUGUUGGACUGAUGUAUAUACACUGUUACUAGUCAUAAAUACAGCUAAAUACAUGUUAAUGAAUUAAAAACAGAAAAUGGUAACUCAAGUACAGGAAACACUUCU